AUGUAUGUAAUUGGCAAGAUGGACGAUGUUGAUACCAUCCUCGAGAUCCUGCGGAAGGACAACGACGCGGAGCCUGACCUGCCACCGGAGUUAGUACUUGAUACAGCUGCCGCGCUGAGCCGCAACAUCUUCACGCACUGGCACCGUCUGAACGCAAUUGUGCAGCGACACGAAGGCGCCAUACGGAUUCGAUGGAGAAAGAAGUCUGCGGCGAAGCGUCGAGAACUAUUUCAAGUAGUCUUCCCCGGAAUGCCCGACCUGCACCGACCGGAUGUCGACAAUAUGCAUGGCAAUUUCACUGAUCGUGCUUGCGGAGAACCAAACCAUGUGGCAACCAGCAGCGAGCUCAGACCUUAUAUCAAUUCAGAAGACUUGUCGGACGCCAAGUCCUUGCUUGUGUUCAUCAACGCCCGGGCGCGCAAUCGUCCUGCUACGUUUGCUGAAUCGGAACUCAGCUUCUCUGGCAUGGCCGUCCCAUGCCAGGCUACCCGCUAUCCGCAUGUCCUCAUAAAUCUCUCGGACCAAGACUCAAAGACACAGGAAGUCAAGGAAGAGAUGUAUGGCCGAAUCAAAGGGCUUGAGUCCGAACCCCACGCUGUCCCUGAAGAUCAGGCGAUGCAUUCUUUGAAUCCCCUAGGAGAGGGCCUCCAGAUACUCCGCAUCCAGGAAGGCGUACUAAGGUUCCUUGUCGGCUGCUGCGAAAACAUCAUGCAUGACAUUCUUCCAGAGACGCUGUGCAGCGACGAUUAUCCGCUUUUAUCAGAACCGCCGAGCUUGUCAGAUCCGGAAGAGCUGAGCAGUAGUCUUGCAGAUGCAUGCAGAAAGGCGCCAUUUGUGGAAAAGUGCGAGGACCAUGCCUGGGCGUUGCGCGAAGACCCUGCGUAUUUCGCAGAAUAUGUUCAAGAUCACGCCGAACAUCGACAUGAGAAUAUACUGAACGAAGCCGGAGAACCAUCGAAGAGACUUGGAACAAGCGAGUUCUACUCCCUGGUUCUCCGUGAGACAUUGAACAAGGCGUACGCGGGCCUGGUCUUCUGGGAUCAGCUUUACCGACUUUCAAGCGAAGUCGAAGUUCUUCACACACUGGCUUUGCAGGUGGAAGCAAGCGAAGAGCUUGUCAAGCGCUAUGCGGAUAGUGUGGAGAUGUUGUACUACAUGUUGAGUCUAGGUAGUUACGACGCCGCGGGUCUCAUUAGGCACUUCUUGAUGGGUGCACCACAGUUACGCCAUCUUAUGAUGAGAGUUACCAUACCAGCAGGAUGCGACAAGGUGCUCGAAGGUGAAUCUGAUUACAGAACCACAGAAGUGGAAAGUAACGAUAUCAUCGGACAGCGCGUGAGGAAGCUCUUGACCCGGACGACCGCCUUCACUCAGAUCGCCGACUACACCCAUCUCAAUCUAGAUUGCCUUGAAACGUACUUUAGGCGAGAGCCUUCCGCCAAAGAGAAAGUCUCGCCAUUCAUAGAGGACUACCUGAAUACGCUUUCAGUGUGCGUUGAGUGUCUUCAUCAACUGCGAGUGUCUUCCUGCUACGUCAAUUUAAGGAAUCAGUUCGAUCGUGGGCGAAAGAGCCCCAUGUACGCCAAGUGGUAUCUCAAAUUUAUGCAACCUUUGGCGCGCUGGAGAAAGGUUCUAGACGAUGGAGGUGUCAUUGCCCCAGAUCUUGGUAAUCCAUCCAAUGGCAGGUUCGAUUAUCCGAGUGAGAGCGUCCGAACAAAGCAGACGGUGGGGGCGCGUCGAAAAGCGGAACGCAACCUGGACAAGUUUUGGAGACUCUUGGACAAAGGUGGCCCGAUGCUAAGAACGGCUCCGUGGAGUGACUCCGAAGAUCUUGACACGGCAUCAACACCGUCUCCUGUGUACGAGUAUCAGGCCACAUCCGAGAUCUUCCACGACCCAACCAAAGAGAUCACUGGGAAUUUCAAUCGCCUCGAUGUCAAUGAUAGAACCAAAGCGAAGACGCACGGCGAGAUGACAGCCAUAGCCCAGGAUGCCGAUGAGGAUGUACUUGAGCGAUCGGCUGCCAUUUCGAAACCGUUGUACCACGUCGGCAAGGACGCCUAUAUCGUGAUCAAAGCACUUUUUCAUGUGCCAAACGACAGCGAACCCCCGGGUAAAGUCCGCUGGGAUCAAGUCGUAGCCACGCUUGCCAAGCUUGGAUUCGCCGUCGAGAAGCUACACGGAUCUGCAUGGCAAUUCACACCGAAGAAGCUGAACUUACCACGCGGAAUCCAGUUCCAUGAGCCGCAUCCGAGCGGUGAAGUGCCAUUGACUCUGGCCAGACGCUACGGACGUCGACUAGCGCGUGCGUACGGAUGGGAGGCAGCGAUGUUCAAGCAGAAGUAA